CGCUGGGCUGAGGUUGGAUGGCGAUCAACGACGUUUAAGUGUGUUUGGUCGUGGUGAAAGAAAUGAAGAGGGUUCUUUAACUAGAGAACAAGCACAGAUCUUUCAUCAACACAGUGAACCUCUUGAAGACGUAACAACAGAUAUGUUUGGCGUUAGCGCCGCGGAGCAACACGCGACGGAAGUACACAGGGCAACUCAAGGGCCGUUCCAAGCUCCGGUGUCAUCUUUUCUAACAUCAGUUUCUAACGGUAACGGUGAAGCUCAAUGUGUACACGAUGACAGCGAGCUUCAAGAUGUUGUACACGGGACUCAGUUUACACAUCAUCAAGAAGCCGACCCCCAGGGUUGUACGGCUGUGUUAACAACCUGCAGCAACCCGGAGACAGGUACAAUUGAAAUCUCUGUUUUUUUACUUCGAUACACUUGAAUACAUUCGAGGCUCUUAGCCUAAAAAUCUCCUGUGGAGGAUUAAUUUGUAAUUUCCCAAUGGCGGCCGCGUUAUAAUUACAACAACUUUCAAAGUCUAAUGCACACCGUACAGUGUUCUUUCACAUGCAAUAACAAUUAACGAAAGCAACCGUACUAAAGACAUGUCUUGUGGCCAGUUUUCACCUUCUAAGAGGGGAGCAGACUCAAAACUAAUUCAUAAUCUAAAAGUGCCGAGCUUUCGCUCUUUACGGCCCCGGUUACCACACUGGCAACAAGCUCCACCCAAGUGGGGUGGCACCCGAGUGGGACGGCCAGAUUUGGACAUCAACGACUUAGAAAUUAUAAAAUGGUCAUUUUAAAUAAAUAUUUGCCCAGUGGCUAUUUUCUUGCUAUUUAAUUUAAGAAAUUCCUAAUGAAAUGUGUACCAGUUGACUUCAAUGGAAAUGAAAGUUACUAGCGAUAAAAGGCAGUUUAAAAACUGCGGUUAAAAGACAGUUAAAUUUGAAAAAAAAAAAAAUAAUAAAAUUAACAAAUGAACAGAUAUUUCUUGUUCAUAUUUUUUUAAAAAAUAGAAUGUCCCUUUAUAAUAAGAUGCAAAUCAGACUAAUACAAUUGUUUGUUUUUUCGAAGUGGCUAUUCGUACCCGGGUACCAGAAGUGAGAGGUUGGGAUUAAAAAAAAAACUAUUUAAAAUUUUAUUGUUGGGUUUGUAAGACAAAAUGAGGUAUCAAAUGGCUAGUUUCAGCCAUACUAGUUUUAGCCAUACUAGUUUUAGCCAUACUAUACAGUUUUAGCCAUACUAGUUUUAGCCAUACUAGUUUUAGCCAUACUAGUUUUAGCCAUACUAGUUUCAGCCAUACUAGUUUUAGCCAUACUGGUUUUAGCCCUACUAGUUUUAGCCAUACUAGUUUUAGCCAUACUAGUUUUAGCCAUACUGGUUUUAGCCAUACUGGUUUUAGCCAUACUAGUUUUAGCCAUACUAGUUUCAGCCAUACUAGUUUCAGCCAUACUAGUUUCAGCCAUACUAGUUUUAGCCAUACUAGUUUUAGGCCAUACUAGUUUUAGCCAUACUGGUUUUAGCCAUACUGGUUUUAGCCAUACUAGUUUUAGCCAUACUAGUUUUAGCCAUACUAGUUUUAGCAAGGCGUCAGGCAAACCAUUGCGUGGUAAGAUUCUUAUGGAAAAAAAUGUGUCUGAGAUAAUGAAGCAAUCUGUUGUAUUUCCAUGAAACAGAUCUAAAAGUUCUAUCUUGACGUGUUGGUGGAUGUUCUCAACAACCAGUUCAGCUUUAUGCUCAACAUUUGAUUGAAUGAGCAUUUCACUAAGUCAAGAAGUUAAGUCUAAAUUCUAAAUAUAACUUUUCUCCUGCCCAUCUAUCAAAUUUGACUAAAAAGAUAUCCCCUUUAUGACAGGGAUGAAACAGGUUCAAAGUGAUGAGCUCAGCCUCAAGCUCCUUGCGAUGGAGAACAAGAAACUCAGAGAGCAGCUGAUGUGUAAGGUGUGUCACCAGGAACCCAUCCGAG